AUGCAGGGCAGCUGGAUUGUGCGUCUUGAGAAGCCAGGGGCUCACUGGCUUCAUAAUUGCAAGGUGGGGACAGCAAGGUUUCUGAUUGUCUUGGGCUGUUUGAUCUUAGCUGUCCUAACAACUUUCAAGGAGUAUGAAACUGUUUCAGGAGACUGGCUUCUCUUGCUGGAAACUUUUGCCAUUUUCAUCUUUGGAGCAGAGUUUGCCUUAAGAAUCUGGGCUGCUGGGUGUUGCUGUCGCUACAAAGGAUGGAGAGGGAGACUCAAAUUUGCCAGGAAGCCUUUGUGCAUGCUGGAUAUCUUUGUGCUGAUUGCUUCAGUGCCAGUGGUUGCUGUUGGGAACCAGGGCAAUGUUCUGGCCACAUCUCUCAGAAGCCUUCGCUUCCUUCAGAUUCUACGGAUGCUCCGAAUGGACAGGCGGGGCGGUACCUGGAAACUUUUGGGAUCGGCCAUUUGUGCACAUAGCAAAGAACUGAUCACUGCUUGGUACAUUGGGUUCCUGACACUCAUCCUAUCCUCGUUUCUUGUUUAUCUGGUUGAAAAAGAUGUUCCUGAGAAGGAUGCUAACGGGGUGGAGAUGAAGGAAGAGUUUGAAACUUAUGCAGAUGCACUGUGGUGGGGGCUGAUCACCCUCGCUACCAUUGGGUAUGGUGACAAGACCCCCAAAACAUGGGAGGGACGACUGAUUGCAGCCACAUUCUCUCUCAUUGGAGUCUCCUUCUUUGCUCUUCCUGCAGGCAUUUUGGGCUCGGGGCUGGCACUGAAGGUCCAAGAGCAACAUCGUCAAAAACAUUUUGAGAAAAGAAGAAAGCCAGCAGCUGAACUCAUUCAGGCUGCUUGGAGAUACUAUGCUACUAACCCCAACAGGAUUGAUCUAGUUGCUACCUGGAGGUUUUAUGAAUCAAUUGUAUCAUUUCCAUUUUUCAGGAAAGAGCAAUUGGAUGGCACUGCCAGCCAAAAGCUGGGUCUCUUGGAUCGGGUUCGUGGUACCAAUACUAAAGGAAAGCUAUUUACUCCUCUGAAUGUAGAUGCCAUUGAAGAAAGUCCUUCAAAAGAGCCUAAGAAUGUUGUCUUGAAUAAUAAGGAGCGUUUUCGCACUGCAUUCCGAAUGAAAGCGUAUGCUUUUUGGCAAAGCUCUGAAGAUGCAGGAACAGGGGAACCCAUGGCAGAAGAGAGAGGCGACAGUAGUGACUUCCUUAUGGAAGAUAUGAUCCCCACAUUCAAGACAGCCAUCCGAGCUGUCAGGAUACUACAGUUUCGUCUCUAUAAAAAAAAAUUCAAGGAGACUUUGAGGCCUUAUGAUGUAAAGGAUGUGAUAGAGCAAUACUCAGCAGGGCAUCUUGAUAUGCUUUCCAGAAUAAAGUAUCUUCAGACAAGAGUAGAUAUGAUUUUUACACCUGGACCUCCAUCUACUCCCAAGCAUAAGAAAUCCCAAAAGGGAGCUUUUUCUUACCCUUCGCAACAGUCUCCCAGAAAUGAUCCAUAUGUAGCCAAAGCAUCUACAGCAGAUACUGAAGACCAAAGUAUGAUGGGCAAAUUUGUUAAAGUUGAACGACAGGUUAAUGACAUGGGGAAGAAACUGGAUUUUCUUGUUGAUAUGCACAUGCAUCAUAUGGAACAGCUGCAAAUCCAUGUUGCUGAGAUCAGUCCAAUGAAAGAAACUGCUUCUCCUGCAAAGGAGAAGAGAGAAGAAAACAAAUAUUCUGAAUUAAAAACAAUAAUAUAUAAAUACACUGAGCAGUGUACUCAUGAAUCUCCUUACAACUUCCAGCAGGUUCCAGUCAACAAAGUCAGUCCUUAUGGUUUCUCAGCACAUGGUCAUAUGACUCAUUCACGACCUCUAUCAUUAGGUGGGCAAAACUCUGCCAAACUGCAAACCACACCUUCCUCAGCUUCAUAUGCAGAAAGGCCAACAGUUUUGCCUAUAUUUGCAUUAAUGGACUCCCAGGUAAGCUGUCACUCUCAAGGGGACCUACAAAGCCCUUACUCAGAUAAGGUGUCUCCAAGACAGAGAAGGAGCUUAACAAGAGACAGUGAUACUCCAUUAUCCCUUCUCUCUGUCAACCACGAGGAACUGGAGCGCUCCCCAAGUGGCUUCAGUAUCUCCCAAGACAGAGACGACUUCCCUUUUGGCCCCAACGGGGGAUCAGCCUGGAUGAGAGAGAAGCGCUACCUGGCAGAGGGGGAGACGGACACGGACACCGACCCUUUUACACCCAGUGGCUCCAUGCCUUUGUCUUCUACAGGAGAUGGGAUUUCAGACUCAAUAUGGACCCCGUCAAACAAGCCAGUUUAAAAGUGCGUGUGGGGGCAGUCACUGGUUGACUUCUCCAUGUAAUGUAAGCAUACUUUGUAUAUCUCACUUACUCUACACCCAAAGCUUACUAGUUCAAAACACCAAUGGCUGCAUAAGAUGCAUGUGAUAUUAGUGGUAGUCAUUCUGCACCAUUUCGUACAGUUUACUAAUGCAGUUUUUUUCAUGCUACCAAAACUAAGGAGCUUAGUUUUGAGCAUGGUUUGCAUGACUUUACCCUAUAUAAACGGUACAGCUGAUUUCUUCUAUGAUACAUAUCUAUCUGAUACUCUUCAAUACAAUGGUGAAUUGAUAACAGGCGAGAUAUGGUGGUCCUUGCUACAUUUUGUAAACAGAGCAGCAAAGUAAAAAUGUUUUCAGGA